UCUUCCGUCGUUGUACCUCGCCAUCUCCGUGGAGUCCUUUCUCUCUAUCUCCUCUGAAACUUCGGUCGCCGCCAGUCACGCCACCGUCGCACGCCGGAGCCACCGAGGCGAUCUGCAGCGACCGCCGGUGGUCUUGAUUGUCCAAGGCCGAUUCGCGAGCCGCGCGAGGCCUCCCCAUAUCCAGCUUCCUUCGUCGGUCUGACUGCGAACUAAGGCCGCGACGUGCAGGUCGUUUCUUUUUGUGGGGAAAGAUGAGUUUGAUAUCUCAGAAUGUUGCAUCCAAGAUAAAAAACAAAAAGAAAAGUGAUGAAAACCAUGAGUCUGUGGUUUCGAGAGAGAAAAAGCUGACCGAUGAAGGAGGAGAAUUAGAUGUGGAUAUCUCAAGGACGACGAAGAAGAGGAAGAAAGAGAAGGAGAGUCUUGUUGAGAUUGAAGAGCAGAAGACAAUGAAAAAGCUCGAGAACUUUUUGUUCGGAUCCCUCUAUGCGCCUGUUGAGUUUGGGAAGGAGGACAGAGAAGAAGUCCUGGACGAGGCCCAGGACAGUCCUGCUUUAUUCUUCACUGACCGUUCUGCUAAUAGUCAACUUUCUGUUUAUGAGAAGGACUCUGAGUCCUCAGAUAAUUUGACUGAUGAAGAGGAGAUGAAGCAAAGAAAACCUGUUUGGGUGGAUGAGGAAGAGGAAAAGGCAAAUGUUAACAUAGCUACUGUUAACAGAUUGAGAAAACUGAGGAAGGAAGAGGAUGAAAGUACUAUAUCUGGUUCCGAGUAUGUAUCAAGAUUAAGGGCUCAACAUGUUAAGCUAAAUCCUGGGACCGAGUGGGCCCAACUUGAUAAGAAAGAUAGCUCCUAUGAUGACGAAUCAUCUGAUGAAGAAGAAAACAGGGUUGUUCUUGCCGGGACACAUGACGAUGCUGAACCGUUGGGCAACAUUCUUCGAACUGAUGAAGACCUUGUGGUGAAGACAGGUGCAAAACUUUUGCCUGGACUUCUUGAGUAUUCGAGGCUUGUUGACGCAAAUGCCGAGGAUCCAUCAAAUGGUCCGAUUAAUUCGGUUCAAUUUCAUCGGAAUGCUCAGUUAAUGCUUGCUGCCGGACUAGAUCGAAGGCUUAGAUUUUUUCAAAUUGAUGGCAAACGCAACACAAAAAUACAGAGCAUCUUUCUUGAUGACUGCCCUAUCAAAAAAGCAUCCUUCACACCUGAUGGAUCUCAGGUCAUUGUAUCAGGAAGGAGAAAGUUCUUUUAUACUUUUGACUUGGUGAAAGCGAAGGUUGAUAAAAUAGGCCCCCUUGUCGGAAGGGAAGAGAAGAGCCUGGAAGUUUUUGAGGUGUCUCCCGAUUCUAGCACGAUUGCAUUUGUAGGCAAUGAGGGCUACAUCUUGCUAGUUUCAUCCAGGACAAAGGAGUUGAUUGGAACAUUGAAGAUGAACGGCACUGCGCGGUCCAUAGCUUUUGCUAAUAAUGGGCAGGAGUUGCUGAGCUCGGGUGGUGAUGGGCAGGUCUAUCACUGGGAUUUAAGAACAAGGACUUGUUUUCAUAAAGCUGUGGAUGAGGGCUGUAUUAAUGGCACCGCACUUUGCACUUCUUUCAAUGGAGCAUUGUUUGCUGCAGGUUCAGACAGCGGCAUCGUGAAUGUUUACAACAGACACGAGUUUUUGGGUGGGAAGAGAAAGCCAAUCAAAGCCAUUGAGAAUCUAACAACUAAAGUGGAUCUCUUAAAAUUUAAUAAUGAUGCCCAAAUAUUGGCUAUCUGCUCGGGCUUGAAGAAGAAUGGUUUGAAGUUGAUACAUGUCCCAUCCUUUAGUGUAUUCUCGAAUUUUCCUCUGCAAAAUAGGAGUCUGGAAUACCCUCGCAGUGUUGAUUUCAGCCCGGGAGGAGGUUUCUUGGCUGUAGGAAAUGCUGCUGGAAGAGUUCUGUUAUACAAGUUGCACCAUUACAAUCGAGCAUGAUUCAAAAUUGAGAUUUGCCAUCCUAGAUCAAAGUGCCGGGACAUUCCUCCUUUGUGUCGAAAGAUUGAAAUUUUCGGGAUUUGUUGGUUUGGUGAAAGUUUCUCAAUCAAUCAACGCUAUGGAUGAUGGUUGCUUCACUCCCUUUGAUAAAUCAUUGAUGACACUGAGAAUUCUUACUUCCUCUGUUUUGGUGGCCUUGGGUGUUGUCUAUCCUUUCCGUCUGCUCUCUUCUCACCAACCCUACCCUGAUGACCCUUUUGUCCCUGAAAUUGCUCACAUAUAAAAACACCAGGGAAGCCAAUAUGAGGAAACUGCCAGGGCAAAGAAGUAUGCAUGGGUUAAAGAUCAGGUUCUGCUCUGUUAAGAUGCGUGUAGAUGAUUUGAACCUGCACGAUGACUGAAAAAUUUUGUAGGCAAUUGACAAUGCAAGGCAUGCUUUAGAAUCUAAGAUUAUGUUGAAUUAAACCCAACAAAAGUGUCUGAAGUUUUUCUCUGUAUUUGCAGAACAAUUUCUGCUUUGAUAACCGUUGUUUGUGUGCUUGUCACUUUUUGGCUCUUCAGUACACUGGAAAUCUACUUGAAUGCCGGAUUCUUGUGGAAAUUGACUGUUGAGGGUCUUGUUCAUUAUAUAUACUUUCAUGAA